AUGCAUGCCGAGCAGGAUUACACCACCUUUUACCCCUGCAGUGAGCUGCCCGUCCGUGGAUACACCACCCUCUGCUUGAACAACGCUCAGAGCAAAACUGGUCUCAUGAAUGACCUCGACUUCGAGACGAUGAUGACGGACGUCGGAACAGGAGUGCAAUUCCUGCGCAACUUGACCGACAUUGACCAGGUGAUCAUCUGGGGUCACUCCGGCGGCGGUGCGAUGAUGGCCGCGUAUCAGAACGUGGCCGAGAACGGAGCCUCUGCCUGCAACGGCACUGAAAAGCUGUACCCCUGCUCCAGCGCGAUGGAUGGCUUGCCCGCUGCCGACGGAGUGCUGCUCAUCGAUGCCAACUUUGGCCUGUCCACCAUGACUCUGCUGUCUCUCAACCCUGCCAUCACCAACGAGACCACCGGAGCCGAUAUCAACUCCGAGCUGAACUUGUACAGCGCGGCCAACGGCUGGACCGAGAACGGGGCCAACUACACCACCACCUUUGUGCGGGAGUUCUUGGCUGGCGUUGCCGCCCGGUGGAACCGCAUUCUGGCCUCUGCGACCGAGCGCAACGAACUCAUUGCCGCCGGUAACGGAGACUACAGCGAUGAUGAAGGAUUGGUCAUCCCCGACGCCAACUACCUCGGCUUCAACAACAAACUCAUCACCCAGGACGUGCGCUAUCUGGCGCACACUAUCUACAAGUGGCCUCUCCUGCACAAGGACGGCAGUAACACCACCCAGGUUGUCCCAUCUGUUCGCGUCGCGUCGGCCGGCAUUCCCAGCAUGGUCGACUCCUUCUACGAUGGAGCGCUCAAAACCACCAUCACCCGGUUCCUGUCGACCUUUGCUAUCCGCGUCGAUGCUGAGAACUUCCGGGUCACCGCGGAUAACAUCACUGGUGUCGACUGGACCUCGUCGCAGACUGCUCCCAUUGGCAGUGUUCCUGGCAUCUCUAAGCCCCUGCUGACCAUGGGUAACACGGGUCACUACGAGUACCUCAACGCCGAGAAGAUCUACCUGGCUGCUACCACCAAGGACAAGUCGAUUGCCUUUACCGAGGGAGCCCAGCACACCAUUGACACCUGUACCGCCUGCGAGAGCUACCCUGGACAGUACGGUGACACUGUCAAGACUGCUUUCAACUUCAUGGACAAGUGGCUGAGCCAGCCCGGUCGUUUCAUCUCUGCCUAA